UCAAAUAUACACACGCACAGAGACAUCUGUCUGCAACAAGCAUUUAUUUUACUGGCAAAGCUAAAGAACAUGGAUAUCCAAGAAGAUAAAGUAGACUCAAAAGACCUUCCCACGCAGGCCGAGGUCUGCUCUGGAGAAGCCCGCCCGAAAAAGCGUUCGCUUUGGAAGAGAAUCAAGGGUUUCUUCAAAAAGAAAUCCAAAAGCACCAAAAGCAAAGGCCAGUCUCCGAGUAAAGAGGAGUCAGUUGAGGAGUUUUCGACCACAAGUGACAAGGAACCCCAGCUGGACAGCUCUAAUGUGAAUGAUGAGUUAAAUGAUACAUUCAGCUCCCAGGAAUCAGAUAAUGACUCUGAAAGCAAAGGCGGAUCCGACAGUAAAGACAUCGACUGGAAGCAGGGGGAGUCUAAUGAGGAGUCAAGCAGUCAAGUCGUCACCAAUGGAUCAGAUAAUGACUCUGGAAGCAAAGAAGAGUCUCACAAUAUUGAGUCCAUCAGCGAAGACAUCGACCGGAAGCAGGGAGAGUCAGAUGGUGAGUCGUCGACUACAAGAGACAACGAACCGGACAGCUCUGAUAUGAAUGGCGAGUCAAACAGUCAAGCCGUCGGAAAUGGAUCAGAAAAUGACUCUCAAAGCAAAGGCGAUUACGUCAGAAAAGACCUCAAGAACAAGCAGGGGGAGUUUGAUGAGGAGCCAAACGAAGAAAAGUCUCAAGAUAUUGCAUCCGUCAGUGAAGACAUGGACUGGAAGCAGGGAGAGUCAGAUGAUGGGUCAUCGACUACAAGAGACAACGAACCCCAACCUAACAGCUGUGAUAGCAAUGGCGAGUCGAACGGUCAAGAAGUCACAGAUGGACCACGAAAUGACUCUGAAAGCGAAGUGGAAUCCGACAGUGAAGCUGUGGACUGGAAGCAGGGAGAGUCAGACGAAGAUUUGAACAGUGAAGUCAUCUCCAAUGGAUCACAUAAUGACUCAGAGUCCCACAAUAUUGAUCUUGACUGGGAGUGGUGGGAAUCGAAUGAUUUAUUCGUCACCGAUGGAUCAAAAGCUAACUGUGAAAGUAAAGCCGAUUCCACCGAUACCAGCCAAUUCCAGUCGAACGGUCAAUCCGUCACGAAUGGACCACGAAAUGACUCUGAGAGCGAAGUGGAAUCCGACAGUGAAGCCGUAGACUGGAAGCAGGGAGAGUCAGAUGAUGGGUCAUUGACUACAAAAGACAACAAACCCCAACCUAACAGCUGUGAUAUGAAUGGCGAGUCGAACAGUCAAGCCAUCACAGAUGGACCACGAAAUGACUCUGAGAGCGAAGGGGAAUCCGACAGUGAAGACGCGGACUGGAAGCAGGGGGAUUCAGACGAAGAGUUGAACAGUGAAGUCAUCUCCAAUGGAUCACGAAAUGACUCUGAGAGCGAAGGGGAAUCCGACAGUGAAGACGCGGAAGACUCAGACGAAGAGUUGAACAGUCAAGUCAUCUCCAAUGGAUCACAUAAUGACUCCGAGUCCCACAAUAUCGAUCUCGACUGGGAGUGGUGGGAGUCGAAUGAUUUAUUCGUCACCGAUGGAUCACAAGCUAGCUGUGAAAGCAAAGCAGAUUCCACCGAUACCGGCAUCGACUGGAAGUGGUGGGGGCUGGAUGAUGACUUCAGUGAUGUAUGCAGGUUCCUCAAAGGUGAGUCCCUUAACGACAUAUACAAGAAGCGAGUGAAUCAAACGAGAAGAUGGCAACUACCGGUGACAAGGAACAGCUGCCUGAUCGCUGUGAUGUGAAUAUGGAUGGGUGGACGGCCUACCAGGCCUUCAAGGCCUCGGGGGCAUCUCAAGUCUACAGUAUAUCCAGAAUAUACCAUUAAA